AUGACUGUUAUUCAAGCAAAACCCGCUUCAACUUGUCUCAAGAAAGCAACCGACAUAAUAUUUGUUUUGGACUCUUCAAGCAGCAUCUGGGUUGAGGAUUAUAAAAAACAACUCCAAUUCGUCGCUGACCUUGUUGACAGCUUCAAAGUCGAAAAUGGAAUAUCUCAAGUCCGUGUAGGCGCCAUAACAUUCAGUGACCAGGCCUACCUUGAAUUCCCUUUGGGUCAUUAUUCGAAACCUGCUCAGAUGAAAGAGGCAAUUUCUAAAUUUAUUCAUCGAACCGGUGGUACAAAUACAGCAAAAGCCUUGCAACUCGUUCGAUCUCAACUCCAUAUCCAGACAGAAAAUCGAAAAGGUCCAGUUGCUGUUAUUGUAGUGACUGACGGUAAAUCCAGCGACCGUGAGGCCACCAAGGCAGAAGCUAAAAAACUUCAUCAACUUGAUAUCAACGUCUAUGCCAUUGGUGUGGGCGAUCAGAGCAAAUAUGACAUCAAUGAACUUAAGGCCAUUGCAAGCAAUCCGAUCCGCGGUGUUUAUACGGUGGCUAGCUAUUCAGCCUUAAAGGAGAUUGCACAAACAUUUUACGCUCAGCCAUGUAAGGUAAACACGGAACGCGAACGCCCACAGAGAGACAAAGAGAGCAUCGUUAUCUUUGGCUACGAUCUCAUAACGAUGGGUUCCCUUCGAGUGAGAAUGAUUUCCCAGUUCAUCAACUUACUUCUUCCUUACACAGUCUACGAAUAUUUUAGCGUGAUCUCUUAUGCGUACUGCCCAGAAUAUGUGAACAUUCCCGUUAUUUCUUUGAAAAACAAGACUUUUAACGAACUCCAAAACAGCGUUACAGUUAAUGCAAACAUUCCCGGUCUGGCCGAAGUCGUCCGACAGAUGAGGAGUGAGAUGUACAGACGCACGCUCCAAUACGUCCAGUCUGGUCACGUGUUAAAUCGAGUUGCAGUUUUAUUCGUCGAUCCAUCUGUCACCGUGAUCACUAAAGAACUCAUAGAAGAAACAGGAAGGCUCAAACAACAAGGCGUUAAAUUAUUUAUAAUUAAUGUGGGGCAGGCCGUCUGGCCUCACCCUCAAUAUCUGCAUUUUAUUAGCAGUCAGCCUCACUCAAUUCGUAUUGCGCCAACUAAAAACCAGAUGGCAGCAACAUGCGUUUGCCGUUCCCCUGUGGCAUAUGGUCCGACACGCGUUUUUCAAAACGAUUUCGAUGACGUCAUCAGUCUGGCUAAAAGGAGUGGGGAGCAAGCAAUUAUCCGGACAUCGACUUACAUUUCUUGA